CCUGGAUGAGGGAGGGGGAGAGGGAGAGAUUGAGUCGCCUGUGGAGAAAGCUGGACUUAGCCGGGCCGUUAGAGCAGGUGUGACCCUUAGGGGCCGCGGGUCGGCCCCGCUUCCCUCUCUCCCGGGCAGGUAAUUCUGCUGAGGUAGCAGAGCAAGACUGGGCUCUUUCAGAGCCGCUGCUGAGGAGGACGCGGGUCAACCAGGGUUCUGCCGCGGGGCAGGUGGGCAAGACGCGCGUUGGUGGCGCUGGGCGUUGGAGGUGCAGUCAGAGAGCGUUGCUCCGCUGGACAGGAUGUGAGAGCGGCCGAGUCAGUGGCUGGGAUGGAGGUGGAGGCACGCCUCAAGGGAAAGAGAAUAGUAUGUAUGCCGAUAUAGGAGGGAGACCAGACCACUGAGGGGUGUGACAGGACAGGAGCCCAUUGUGAGCACAGAGAAUCCCAGGCUAGUCUUAAAGGAGGCAUCUUGGCCUUAUUCUUCCUGGGGCCUUCCAGAUGGGCUGGAGCUCCCAGUAUGUGCCCCCAGGGUCGUUGAUUUCUUUGGCUAUGAGCUAAUAUGAUUGGAUAGCCUUAUUGGCCCAAAAAUCUAAUGCCCCCACCGAUAGUUUGGAGGGACUGAGCACUCACAAAAGGGAAUGUUACGGUGGACAGUUCAUUUAGAAGGUGGGCCCCGAAGAGUAAACCACGCUGCGGUGGCUGUUGGACACAAAGUAUACUCUUUUGGUGGCUACUGUUCUGGUGAAGAUUAUGAGACUCUACGACAGAUUGACGUUCAUGUAUUUAAUGCAGUCUCUCUGCGCUGGACCAAGCUACCACCAGUGUGGACAAACAGCAGGGACCAUGUGAGAGAAGUUCCUUACAUGAGAUAUGGGCAUUCUGCAGUGCUGAUUGAUGAUACUAUCUACAUCUGGGGAGGCCGCAAUGAUACUGAGGGAGCCUGCAAUGUAUUAUAUGCCUUUGACGUCAGCACACACAAGUGGUUCACUCCAAAAGUUUCUGGAACGGUUCCAGGAGCAAGGGAUGGACAUUCAGCUUGUGUCUUGGGAAAGAGCAUGUAUAUUUUUGGAGGAUACGAGCAACUGGCUGAUUGUUUUUCAAAUGACAUCCACAAACUUGAUAGCAGCAACAUGAUGUGGAGUUUGAUCUGCACGAAGGGCACACCAGCUCGAUGGAGAGACUUCCAUUCAGCCACAAUAAUUGGGACAAAGAUGUAUGUGUUUGGGGGAAGAGCAGAUCGCUUUGGGCCAUUCCAUUCCAACAAUGAGAUUUAUUGUAACCGAAUCAAAGUAUUUGACACAGACACAAACUCUUGGCUGGAUUCUCCUCCCACUCCUCUUCUCCCUGAAGGCAGACGAAGCCAUUCAGCAUUUGGCUACAAUGGAGAAUUGUAUAUAUUUGGUGGCUAUAAUGCACGCCUGAACAGACACUUCCAUGAUCUUUGGAAAUUUGAUCCAGUCUCUUUUACCUGGAAGAAAAUUGAACCCAAAGGGAAAGGGCCAUGUCCUCGCCGUAGACAGUGCUGCUGUAGGGUAGGGGACAAGAUCAUCCUCUUUGGAGGCACCAGCCCAUCUCCAGAAGAAGGCAUGGGAGAUGAAUUUGACCUGAUGGAUCACUCAGACUUGUACAUCUUAGACUUCAGUCCCAGCUUAAAAACGCUGUGUAAGCUGGCAGUGAUCCAGUACAAUCUGGACCAGUCUUGCCUCCCUCAUGAUAUCAGAUGGGAGCUUUCAGCAAUGACAACUAAUAGCAACAUCAGCCGCCCCAUUUUCUCCUCCCAUGGAUAACUUGGUCUCACGCUCCCACUCCUGGCUGCCUUCAACCUCUUGCCUUGCCUGUCAACUACCGUCUUCCUCCCUGUGCAUGAAUGUUCAGCUUAUUCAAAAAAGGAGCACUAUUACACCACAAAGAUUUCUUUACUGACUCAUGUUGGGAGGGCUCCUUUUGCCUAUCCCAUUGCCACACUUGUUGCAGCUAUAACUUUGCCAAAACCUUGAUUUAAAGGCAGCAUGCAUGCAGAAUCAGAUAGUGCACACUGCAGCAGAGGACACCAGAUGUCUGUUUGCCCUCAUAGCUGAAGGUUGCAGCUGACAGCCAUCUACUGGUUUGGUAUCUUUUCAUUUAAUAGAGUCAGAAGAAAUAUAAAUCUCAGGACUGCUGCAAGACCAGCAUAUACUUCAUAUACUACAGAGUCAAAGGUGAACAAAGCAAGGACUCAUCAGAAUUCAGCUUCUCUAUGUCUCAGCAGUUUUGAGUGCGUAGCCCCCAGUAUUAAUUGAAGGGCUGAACUGGUGCCCUAUCUUAAGCCAUUUUCUUUGCUUCUCUGAGCACAGAAAAGCUUGCCUGGUCUUACACAUUUCUGAGCUUGACCAGGCUUGUCUUCUGCAGUGGGCACCUGGGAGAUCUCCAUAUGAUACUUAGGCACUUGCCACCUUUGAGUCUUCAGUGGAAGAAGAGUAGGAUGAUGACUACCUGGCUAAGCAAGGAGGGGCAUCCAACAUCCUGUAAGACUGAAUCAAUUUUUUUUUCUGCCUGUUAUGGAAGUAUUCAUCACAAGAUCUGAAAUGCUGUCAGCCAGUUUGAUAUGUACAAGCAGCAGCUCUGAAUUUAUAAAUAUCAGGGUGGGGGAAGAAAAACUGUGUCAGUACUUUAUCUGGCUAGAGGGCAAGUGGUGGACUAAUGCAGGGGGUAUGAGGAUUAGAGUCUGCAUCCACAAAUAAAGACUAAAAUUGAAAAAAUGGUAUAAAUUAGUGGCUAAGGACGUGAGCUGGAGUGUUAUCAAUUCAAAUCUUGGUGUGGCCAUGGACUUGCUAAACACUGCUGGGCAAGCCACACUUGGUCUCAGCCUCACAUCAGAAAUAUAGGAGUAAUGCUUUCCUGCCAUACAGGAAUAUUGUAACAAUUACAAUAUAAAAUACUGUAAGUGAAAUGUUUUGAAUAUUCAAAAGUGCUAUAUAAAUGCUGCAUAUUUAUUAAAAUUGGGCUUCUUCAUUACUCUUAUUAAACAAGGCUUUCAGCCAGUCAGGGUAAUUCAAGUGCCUUAAAAUUGCUGAACUCCAUCAGAUUAUUUAACCUGGUAUUAAAACAACACAAUAUAUU